AAUUGUUGAAGAAUCGUGCAGUCAUUAAAAUCAUUUAACGGUGUUAUCCACCAUGAUUGAGUAUAAUUUUAUAGAACAAAUUAUUCUGAGAGAAAAUAAUGCCCCUGAUUGAUCGCUAUACGUUCAACAUACACGAAUUUAUUUGACAAUCAUAAUAUUCUUCCCUCUCCGCCCCAUUGAGCUUUUUUAUCAGUUUGUUGAUCGCUGUACACGUGAAUUUGAUGACGAAACGUCAAAUCUUCGGUCUUGAUGCACCUGAGUACGAUCGUUUUUCUAUUUAUAUACAAUAAUCUGUCCGUCAAAAUAAGGAAAGAGAAAAGCGACUAAGUUAUUUUUAACAAUGGGAUAUUGUGAUAGCAAUGCUCGUUACGCCAUGGGCCAACACUCGCUGAAUAUUGUUGCUAUUCGAAUAGCAACCGACAUAAUUCUCAGACAUGUUCCGGUGUCUUUCCAAUGACGUUUUGUUCCUGAAUAAAGAGUGAAAAUUGAGCUGAAGUGAAACAAAAAUGGAGCUCAACAAUAUUGGGAAUAACAAGAGUUACAUUCAUCUUGAAAUAUCCUUCAAAAAAUUGUGCAUCGCCACUGUUUGUUUACCGCUUGUCACUCUUUUGAUUUGCUUUGUUACUGCUUAUAUAUUUCAACAGGAUGAUAUCCACGAGACUCACUGUCGUGUGUACAACAUUUUACCGUCAAUUUCGGCGAUCACGGGUAUAUCGCCACAGCGUUAUCUAUGGCGUAUAAGUAUAGCCCUGCACAUGGGACCGCGAUUGGUGAUCGCAAUAGUAUAUUAUUCGUACUAUCGCAAAAUACUCAGAAACAUGAAAGAUGUACCAAAGAAAAUAGUCGGCUGCAGGCUCCUGAAUCUUUGUUUUUGGCUCAACAUUGCUGAAAUAGCAUCGCUUUCUGGAGUUACGUACAUUUCAAACAGAGAAAAUUACUCGGUUCAUGAAAAAAUCUUCAUAAUAUUCAUGGUCAGUUCGCUAACGUAUAUGCUGACAGCUGUAAAACUAGGUCGUCUAAUGACACCGAAUGCACCAAGUCUUCAGUAUAAACAGGCGCUUUUCGCAACAAGUAUGGCCAGUACGAUCGGUCUUAUUAUAUUUUUCUUGAAGCAUCGACUGUUGUGCCACGAUUUAGCUUUUAGUUGGUUCUCCCUCUGUGAAUACAUCAUAGCAGCUGCUAAUAUGGCGUUCCAUGUAACGGUGAUCCUCGACUUCCCGAAGGAGCAGUUAGUCGUAGGACACGGUCUACCGACGAAUAAGAUCGAUUAAGUUACCAACAAGAUAAAGAAAAAUCAUUUGCACUUUUCUUCUAUCUCGCCUCUUUCUGGCUCUCUUUGUCUCAAAGUGUCUAUUGCCUGUUAAUCAUGGUCGAGGUAAAUCGAGCUCAUGGUGCCGUGUUGUAGCCUCAUAUCAUAAAAACGUCAACAAAUAUUUUUAUCCGUUUUUACUGCUAUAUUACAAAAAAAGAAAAAGUAACGCGUUAAAGGGAUUUUUUUUAUUUCAUCUAAAAUUUCGAACUAUACUAGAAGCAAAAACAAAAAUAACUUGUCGACGUUUUCAAUGCAAUGUGAUCGAAAAAAGAAACCAAAAAGUCACGAUUUUUAAAUAUUUUUUGGGUCGUUUAAUGUCGGCACUUAAGAGAAUUCGACACUUUCAAAAUAAGGCACUGGGCACUUUUCGGACCGUUAAAACAUAAGACGCGAUAAAAAUAUUGGAAAAACAAUAUUUUUUAUUCUUAAAAUCAACACGUUGUAUUAUUUCACUAAACUUAAAACAUCCUAAAGAUCGAGCAGAGUAGAGACCGGACACAAGAAAGAAAAAAAGCGGAAAAAUCUUAUUCCAGGUCGACAUUCAGUUCGUGUUAAAUUUCACCUUGUUCGAUCCGAAUCCGAAUGGUUAGUCUUUUUUAUUUUCGAUGGAUUUAUGUCUGACCGUACAAGAUAGUUGAUAAUUCAACGUACGUACAUAAGCACGCGCGCACUCAAUCGGUCAGAAGUUUCCGGACAAAAGUCCAAGUAAGUUUCCGCGUUCUAUUUGGUGCCACGACGCCGGUAGUCCAGAUAUUCGAAUGCAACGAAGCGUAUUUUGAAGAAGAGACAUUCCACUUCGUUUUGGUUUUUUUGAAAAAUCUUGACGACUUUUUUCACGUGUACUACGUCAUUUUCAACACGUUCAUUUUUGACUUUAUUUUUUCCGUUUUCAACUGGACCGCGUUUAGCGAUAAAAUUUUGUGUCUUGAAGUCUGCUAGCGGUCUAUAAAGGCACAACCUUCAGAUUUAAUUUUAUUUUUGAAAAAGUUUGAUAUGAUUUUUUUUUCACAGAAUUAUCUCGUUUUUAGAAAAAAAAGAUAAAUUUUGAAAAUUGCCGUGUACCGCGGCAACUAUUAAAUUCACAGAAUAUUAGACACAAGAGUGAAGAAAACAGUUGCGUCUACGAUUGUUUUAGUCGUUGGAAUUUUUUUAGUUUUUUUUCAUUAAUUUUUCAGUGGAACCUCAAGUACAUUGACUGUCACAAUCCGAAAACGAUAGGGUUUUUGAUAAAACUUUUAGCGUUUCAUUUCUAGCUCAAAAUUUUUUCAGAUUUCUGAACGUUGAUGAAUUGAUUCGGGUUUUUUUGAGAAUUAUGGGUUCGUGUUGGAAUAUCUAGAGUGAAAAAAAUUUAAUUAUUAUAUUUUCAUUUUUUAUUGAUGCAUUUCUAUAGUCACUUGUAGUGUAGUUUCUUGAAAAAUUCAAAAUUCUCAUCGUUCAAUCGUAUCAAACUUUUUCAAAAACAAAAUUAAAGCUGAGGCUUGUGCCUUUAUAGACUCACUUGCAGAUUUCAGAACAUAAAAUUUUAUCGCUAAACGCGGUCCAGUUGAAGACGGAAAAAAUAAAGCCAAACAUGAACGUUUUCAAAAUGAUAUAGUACGCGUGAAAAAAGUCGUAAAGACUGUUUAAAAAAAACCAGAACGAAGCGGAAUGACUCUCCUUCAAAAUACGCUUCGUUGCAUUUGAAUAUCUUGACUACCGACGUUGUGGCAACAAAAAGUACGCGGAAACUUAUUUGGACUUUUAUCCGGAAACUUUUGACCGGUAGUGUAUAUUAGGGUGUGUCGAAAAAAGUCGAUAUUUUUUUUUCGGCCUCCACAAGCAUUUUUCUUCUUAUUAUGCUAAACGAUGAAGCUAGCCAAAAAGACAGCUCGAAAUAAAAUUAUUUCGGCCGACCCACCGCAUACUUCAAUUUUUCAUAAGAAAAACACGUGAAAAAAAAACUUCGGUAAAUAUUGUUCCAUAUAAUCUGUAAAAAAAAAAUCACGGAUAUUCUACUUACGUAUUUUUAUAGAGAGUUGAAUUCCCUACAACUGAAGUCCGUAGAGUCAGUCGCCUAAAACCAACCGUUCAACGGUUACAGCAGUUUGAAGUUUCUAACACAAUCAAGCCAGAUUUCGCAUGUAUCGAUUUCUAUUUUCGAGGUCGCUCCUUUUAGCGGUGCUGUUUAAAUUGGGCUGAAAACUAUUUUUACGUAUAGUUUUUCUAAAAUGGUUAUCUAGGAUCGUUAUCUAGGGAAAAAAAUUUCGAAUACAUACUGUUCUCAUUUAUUUGAAAGAACGACAUAGAUUGUUUGUCUUUCCACUAUUUGUUUGAAUAGAUUAUGAAAUUCAAUUAACCAAACCGAAUGCACAGACACAAAUAUACAUAGGAAAAGGGAGAAAGAGAGAGAGAGAGAGAACACUUCAAUUCAUUUCCCGUACUUACAAUUGAAUUGACUUACUUGUUGUGAUUAUAUGUUGGUAUAAUGCCCAACCGUUUAAGUCUACAAUUGCUAUUUUGUUGCAUUAUUUUCAAAAAAUAUAAGAAAACAUAGGUUUCAGCCUAAUUUAAACAGCGCCAUUAAAAGGAGCGACCUCGAAAAUAGAAAUUGAUACAUGCGAAAUCUGGCUUGGUGAUGUUAGAAACUUCAAACUGCUGUAACCGUUGAACGGUUGGUUCUAGGCGACUGACUCUAAGGACUUUUUUAUUUGUAGGGAAUUCAAACAAUAACCGAAGUUUUUUUUUCACGUGUUUUUCUUAUGGAAAAUUGAAGUAUGCGGUGGGCCGGCCGAAAAUUUUUAUUUCGAGCUGUCCUUUUGGCAAGCUUCAUCGUUUAGCAUAAUAAAAAUAAAAAAGCUUGUGGAGCCCAAAAAAAAAUAUCGAUGUUUUUGACACACCCUAGUGUAUAUAUAUAUAAUAUAUAUAAUUUAUUGUUAUUAUUGUUUGAUAAUGAUUCUGCGAUUUUUAAAUGAAGCAAUAUUUCUAGUCAACUCGUUCGACAUGAAUUUCUAGUCGAUUUAUCGUUCCACCUGUCGCAUACAAACAACUUGUCGUUAAACAUUAUUUUUAUUUUUUUUAAACUUAUCCAAAGUAAAAAAUCAUUGAAAUUUUGAUGGAAUUUUCGAAGUAUUUUUUACUCUUUUGCUUCCGGAGAAUGCAUUCAUAAAAUGGGUACAUUUUUUCUUUCAUUCGUAGGAACUUCGUUUGUGUUCUCGCGCAUCAAGAGAAAUUGUACGUAUGUUUAUUUUUAAGUAAUUGACUCUAAGAAUGUACGAAUUUAUAUCGAGUCACAGACAUGGCUAUAUAUGAAAAUAUUAUAUGGGACGUUUCACUUUGUAAUCCGGUAUUUUGAUCAUUUUUUCUGAGUCGUUCAAACGGUUUAAAAUAUUUAUUAAUUCGUCGAGCUGAGUUGUUGUUGUUGUUUUUUUUUUUUUUUUUUUUUUUUAAUGAUGAAUUUUGACAAAAAUUCGGUCAUGUCACAGGACAACUCGUGAGACUCAGAAGCAAAAAAUUCAAUAGAUAUUAUGUUCACGGACGUGGUAUGGAAGUGAAGGUUUAUAUUUAACAUCGCAGAACUUUGAAUGUUUUGAACUCUCGAGAAAAAAAUCUAGAAUAAGUGUUCGAUGAAGCGUAAAAGGCCCCAUUAUAAAAAAAUACGGGUAGCGAUGCUAUUUUAAGAAAAUUAAGAUGCGUACGUCUCCCAAUUGGCAAUAUACUUUUUAGAUAAAAGUAGAAAACGAUAUUAAAAAAAAAAAAAAAUGUAAAGUUAUGUUUAGAAGUUAGAGGAUUAAGCUCGUAGAGACUAUACGAUAAUUAGUGAAACUUCGACGCUUCGAGAGCAAGUAAAACACGAAAAUUUUGAAUUCCGAGAGUGUUGAGUCCCAAUUGCGGGCAUGACUAAUUUUUAUUGACAUUUCUUUUUCCUGCAUUUUGUACAAUUCGAAUGAUGUUUAUUUGGCUGUCAUUUUAGAUUUUGCUUUUCGAGAUAUAUAUUAUUUCGCCCUUUGCACGGAAGAUUUAUAAAAAACACCGAAAGACAAGAAGUGUCCAUAUUUAUUUUUCAGUGAAAAUGUGAAAAUUAUGAUCGACAGAAUGAAAUAUUCGAUAAGCGAUCAUUGUAAUUCUACACGCCAACGAAAAGAAAUCUUGAUUUGUACGAGUGAAAGAUUCGUACGUGUUGCACACUGAUUCAACUGGAUAAUCAUUUUUGCACAUUUUUACACGCGAAACGAAAACACUAAAAAAGAAUGUGUGCUCUAACAUUUAGAACGAUCGCUGACAACUAUUCAUCGCCAUUAAACUGGCGUCAAGCGUCCAACGCUUUCACAGCGGUAUAUUCGAUGGAAAUAGAUAUUGAGUGAACGAGUGAAUAUAGUAAAAAAAAAAAAAAACGUUGCUAGUCUUCAAGAGUGUGUGCGAAAAUGUGAUAAGAGUCAAUUUCGGUAAGCUGAAUCUACGCAUAAUUUGUUCGCGCACAAACGCCUCGAACGCUUAUGAACGAAGAAAAGAAAACACUGCGAAACUUUUCUUCUUGAUAUUUGUUUUUUUUCCUUCCACAAAAAAAUGUGACAAUUGUAUGUUACCCUAGGCUAUUGUGUCGCUCAAAAUGACUGUACCCAAUCCUGAACGAAACCAAAAAAUCAAAGGUGACGCGAUCAUUAGCAAUCAAGCAUAUCGCUAUCCUAAUGUAAUAACGUGCCAAGUGUAUUACUUAACAAGAAAAAACAAAAUUACUCGCUUCCGAAGAAAACUAAUGAAAAUAUCCUAAAAGAAUACUGGCGAGUUUGCAUAGUCAAUGAGGAGUCAAUGAUACAGUGUAGUUAUGCUGAUCGUUUAUGUGCAGAUAUUAUAAAAAAAUAAUACUUGGCGUCAAGAUUCUACCGUUUCUAGAUAAACACUGAGAAAUCACAGUACGGACGUUGUGCAACGUACCAUACCGUAAAAUACGCACUUUUCAGAACCCACUUCUCAAUAUCCGUAGAUUAUUGCUUUUUAAUAUGUAUAUAUUUUAGUGCAUUUUAAUUCUUUGCCCAAAUGAAAUCAGCGAAAAAUAAAAAUCAAUUCAGAGUCAAGUGAAAUGCAUAUUUUAAUUACAUUUUUAGACUUUUCAACGAAUUCGUAAAUUUGAUCGAAGCUCAAUGUGUAUUUACAUAUAUUUUAGGACGAAUUUUUACCCCUUUAAAUGAACUCAAUCUUUUUUUGGAGCUUUUGAGAUUAUCGUAAUGAAAAAAAUUAUCCCAAUUGAAGUUUUAAGGUGUGUGAUUUAUACAAAUAAUCAUAUAUAGGUAUAAUUUAAAUUCAGUUGACUAGUUUUAUUACCUAAGUAUGACACCAUUUGAAAUUCUUUCGAUCGAUGGUGGAUUUUAACAAUUAUUGUUCUCAAAUAUUAAUUGUUCCUAGUCUACUUUCUGCGACCUGAUCAAAAUCUAUUUUGUCGAUGAAUAAGUUAUAUUAUUUUCACGGAUGAAUAUUGUUUCUUCGCACAAAUAAUUCAAUUAGUUAUUGUACGAACUCAUAAUUACGAACGAUAUUAAUUCACAAAGAAAUAAAAGUAAAAUUUCCCAA